AUGGCCUUACCGCGAGGAUUACUGCAGUAUAUCUGCAGCCUCGUACUCUUAAUCGCAUCCGUCAAUGCUUUAAAAUUCGACCUCGUGGCUCGCGGGCCCAACGAUAAGAAGACGGAACGAUGCAUACGAAACUUCGUCAAUAAGGAUACUUUGGUUGUUGUUACCGCUAUAGUCGGCGGGAGCAAGGGAGACGGAAUGAUUGUCAACAUGCACAUUAAAGAUAACGCCGGCAACGAGUAUGGCAAGCCGAAAGACGUAGUAGGCGAACAGCGAAUCGUAUUCACUUCGCAUGCCGACGCCGCAUUCGACGUAUGCUUCGAGAACGUCAUGACACAUACGCGCAUGAACAACCCGAGCCGAUCCGUGGAGCUGGAUAUCGACAUCGGCGCCGACGCCAAGGACUGGUCCGCUAUCCAGGCCACCGAGAAGCUCAAGCCCGUCGAGACCGACCUGCGCCGCAUCGAGGAGACCAUCUCGGAGAUCGUCAGGGAGAUGGAGUACCUCCGGUUGAGAGAGGUCAAGCUGCGCGACACCAACGAGAGCACGAACAACCGCGUCAAGUGGUUUGGCAUUGGCACCACCAUGCUGCUCGUCGCGCUGUGGGGCUGGCAGAUCAUGUACCUGCGCGCCUACUUCCGGUCGAAGCAUCUGAUUUAA